AGUCAAGUUGGUAAAUCUCUAUGAGGUAGGCCAAACUGUAGACACUCUGGAUGUCCUAAAUUUGAUUCUCACUGAGAACAAUAUCCUUGUGGCCGUGCAUACCCUGUCGUCAUGUGAAUGUUGUUCAGUUGAUCCUGUUGUGAGGUUUUGACAUGUUCUACAUUGCUUCCUGCACUGGGCAUUCAUUUUUUUUAAAAAAAGUUUAAUCCUUUCUUUGAUCUAAUCUUAUGAAAAUUGCAAAGAAUCUGUUCCUGUUGGGAACAAUUGGGACCGAAAAUGAAUUCUGGGUUUGAAAUUUGUAUCUUUAUUUUAUGAACUCCCCCACCCCCGUUUGUGUUUCCCUAUUAACUGAAAGUACAAAAACAGAGUAAACAAUUUUCCUGCGAAACAAACAGAAUUUAUGAGAAGAUAACAAUUUCCCAAGGUUUGGACUUUGGCAGCUGUGGACUGGAGACUGAAUACCAACGUCUUCUUCUUUUUUUCUUUUUCGCUAUUGUUUUCUUUCCUUCUUUUUCUCUCCAUCCAAACGCUCCUCUUUGGUAUUCAUUUCCUGCUUUCUUCAUAUGUUCCCCUCUCCCCCUCAUUAACCGAUCCGUGUCUCUCUAUCUCUGAAUGCAUUGCCAGACAAUUCUAACCCUAAAAACCCCAAUCCAAUACCAUGGAUUACCUCCGCCCGAAAACCCUAGACUGACUCUUCCAGUUUUCCCGCCAUUUUUGCGCACAACCCGAGCUAAGAGUUCCAUCUUCAGCUGCAAAAGAGUUGAAAUUGACGCUCCCAAACCGUCCUCCAUCUCCUUUGGCUCCGGAAAUGGCUGUGUACGGGACUGGAAAUCGAGGAGUACCGCAGUCAAAACCAUCGAUGUCGCAACGCUGGGGAACCUCUGCGUCGAUAUUAUUCUCGAUGUUCCUGAACUUCCCCCACGUUCCCGGGAUGCCCGUAAAGCUUAUCUGCAAAAGCUUUCGGCUUCUCCCCCUGAUAAGCAAUAUUGGGAAGCUGGUGGCAAUUGCAAUAUGGCGAUAGCAGCUGCAAGAUUAGGACUUCACUGUGCCUCCAUUGGUCAUGUAGGUGAUGAAACAUACGGGCGGUUCCUCCAAGAUGUGCUUUACAAUGAGGGAAUCAGAAUGGUUGGGAUGAGUGAAAGCAUUGAUGCUAUUGACAGUUCUAGUACCUCAUAUGAAACCCUUCUGUGCUGGGUUCUUGUGGACCCUUUGCAUAGACAUGGUUUCUGCAGUCGAGCUGAUUUUAGUAAGGAGCCUGCAUUCGGCUGGAUGAGGAAUCUAUCUGAAGAAGUCAAAAUGACAAUAAAACAAUCAAAAGUCCUGUUCUGUAAUGGCUAUGAUUUUGAUGAGCUCACCCCUGACUUGAUGACCUCAGCUCUAGACUAUGCUGUUGAAGUUGGGACUUGUGUUUUCUUUGAUCCUGGACCACGUGGAAGAAGUCUUUCAACUGGCAACCCUGAAGAACAGAGAGCUCUUAGCCAUUUUUUGAGUAUGAGUGAUGUUCUUCUGCUAACAUCUGAUGAGGCUGAAACAUUGACGGGCAUAAAAAAUCCAGUUCUAGCUGGGCAGGAAUUGCUCAAGAAAGGGGUUCACACAAAAUGGGUGAUUGUUAAAAUGGGAUAUAGGGGUUCAGUGCUAAUCACAAUGUCGAGUAUAUCUUGUGCUCCUGGUUUCAAGGUGGAAGUCAUUGACACCGUUGGUUGUGGGGAUAGUUUUGUAGCUGCAGCUGUGUUUGGAUUUAUACACAAUUUUCCCUCAGUGAAUACAUUAGCAAUAGCAAAUGCUGUGGGUGCUGCCACUGCCAUGGGUUGUGGUGCUGGUAGGAACGUGGCGACCUUGAAGCAAGUAAUAGAACUCAUUAGAGCGUCAAAUCUUAACAAGGAUGACGACUUUUGGAAUGAAUUACUCAGCGAAAUGGAUGCUCGAGAAAUUAAUUUCCUUUCACAAAGGGUCAUAAAUGGGAGCAGACAUCAGCUGAACCAUAUUUCCCUGCAACAGGUCGCUUCUCAACUGCUACCUAAGCUCCAAGCUGAAAAUCUAGAACGAAAAGUUUCGAUUUAGAAAUUGCAGGGUACGGCAUAUUUUUUCAGCCAUAGCUCUAGUAUUAUAGAGAUUGUCAUUGACCUGGAUUUUAGCUUGAUCAUUGGCCAAGCUACUCUGAAAAAAUUUUACGUGAGGCAAGAGUACUGCAUUUUUAUCACGGAUCGUGGCCUGCCCCAACGCCCUCCCUGCUCGCAAGUCUGCAGUUUUCCUUUUCUUCGGUUGCCUUUCUUAUUGAAGGUUACUUGCUUACUUUUGAAAGCCAAAUCAUUAAAUGUGAGAAGCAAGUUCCCAGUACCAUUGCUAUCAGUCUUUCCUUUAUUAAAGCAAAAAUACUAAGCAUCUCGGUGUUUUUUAUCCCAGCAUUGAAUUCUAUGUUC